UUAACACAACACUGGUCUCCGCCAUCUUGCCUCUCCCAGAAGCCGAGCGCGGAAGAGGAAACGGUUCUGUGCAGGCUCACGGUUCCGCCUGUGGACGGCUUGCCACAUCCUCCAGCCGACACAGCCGGCUCGCCAUCCGAAUCUACCGCUCCCGUACCGACAAAGAGACUUGGGGCAGAGAUGGCUGCACGGUUACCGGCGUGUGUUGUAGACUGCGGCACAGGCUACACCAAACUGGGAUAUGCUGGAAACACGGAGCCGCAGUUCAUCGUCCCGUCGUGUAUCGCCAUCAAGGAGUCGGCCAAAGUGGGAGACCAGGCCCAGCGGAGGAUGAUGAAGGGAGUCGACGACUUGGACUUCUACAUCGGAGAUGAAGCAGUCGACAAGCCCACGUAUUCCACCAAGUGGCCGAUCCGCCAUGGGAUUGUGGAGGACUGGGACCUGAUGGAGCGCUUCAUGGAACAAAUCAUCUUUAAGUACCUCCGGGCCGAACCCGAGGACCACUACUUCCUCCUGACGGAGCCUCCUCUGAACACACCGGAGAACCGAGAGUACACGGCAGAGAUCAUGUUUGAGUCCUUCAACGUACCGGGUCUGUACAUCGCAGUGCAGGCCGUGCUGGCUCUUGCCGCCUCCUGGACGUCCCGACAGGUGGGAGAACGGACACUCACAGGUACUGUCAUCGACAGUGGAGACGGCGUCACACACGUGAUCCCUGUGGCUGAGGGUUAUGUGAUCGGCAGCUGUAUAAAACACAUCCCCAUCGCAGGACGAGACAUCACCUAUUUCACCCAGCAGCUGCUCAGGGAGCGGGAGGUGGGCAUCCCCCCCGAGCAGUCGCUGGAGACGGCCAAGGCAGUGAAGGAACGCUUCAGCUACGUCUGCCCAGAUUUAGUCAAAGAGUUCAGUAAGUACGACACCGAUGGCUCCAAGUGGAUCAAACAGUACACGGGCAUCAACUCCGUCAGCAAGAAGGAGUUCACCAUCGACGUGGGCUACGAGCGCUUCCUGGGGCCCGAGAUCUUCUUCCACCCUGAGUUUGCAAACCCAGAUUUCACCCAGCCCAUCUCCGAGGUGGUGGACGAGGUCAUUCAGAACUGUCCCAUCGAUGUCCGCCGUCCCCUCUACAAGAACGUGGUUCUGUCCGGAGGUUCCACCAUGUUCAGGGACUUUGGGCGCCGGCUGCAGAGGGACCUGAAGAGGACCGUGGACGCUCGGCUGAAGCUCAGCGAGGAGCUGAGUGGAGGCAAACUCAAGCCCAAACCAAUCGAUGUGCAGGUCAUCACUCAUCAUAUGCAGAGAUAUGCUGUGUGGUUCGGAGGAUCAAUGUUAGCAUCAACUCCUGAGUUCUACCAGGUGUGUCACACCAAGAAAGACUACGAGGAGAUCGGACCGAGCAUCUGUCGCCACAACCCCGUGUUCGGUGUCAUGUCCUAACCUUCGGGCCCGGUGGGUCGGAUUUCUCCUUCAGGCUCUGGAUGUUUGUGAUUAGAAAGUGAUCUGCAAAGAGGAAAUAUAAAUAAAUGAUAGAGACCAUACCAAACAGAUGUGCUGAGAAUUUUAUUCUGAAGGUUUCUUUAUUCCCGGGUUGUUGUGCUUUUUUAUUUCAAAGUAAAAGUCCACAGUUUGGAAAUCAGAUCCAUGUGCAGAACAUUUCUGGUUAAACAGAAGUUUUACAACAUCAGGAUAUUUUAUUUAUGUUUUCUAAACCUCCACCUCAGGCUCGUCGCUGUUUUAAUGACAACUUAAAAUCCUAAUAUCAUCUUUGUUUAUGUUCUGUUUCUGCUGGUCUGUGUCCCCAGAUGUGCUGGUUUAUAUUUCCUAAAGUUUUUAUUUGUAUAAUUUGAGGAAUGGGGUCAAUUGUGGAACAGAUGCCAGUUUCAGACACUGCUUCGUCUUUUCUUUGUUUUAUCUUCGUUAAAUCCUUCAGACCCGGAGCUUUUACCUCAAACCUUCCAGAUGCAAUGAAACAAACUGAGUUUGGAAGAAAGGAAAGUUCAUAAAAAACAUCAGACCAGUAUUUUUUUAAAUUAAUGAACCAAAUUAAUAAAAUAAUUCAACCUGUGUUUUUACCGCCUUGCUACAUUCCAAUAAAGGCUCUGAUCUGUUUCUA